GGUGCCAGUUGCAUCUCCCACACCGUCUCGUGCUUGAAAGCAAGCUUCCUUCAGGCGUGGGUACCAAAAGGAGCCACAGCAUCUCUGCUGGGGUGCAGCACUCAAGAGCCAAGCCAUGCAUCUCAACACAACUUCUUCACUGCCCCAUCUGGGAUAUGUUAUGGGUCAGUUUCAUCUACCAUCCACCAAUUCUGUCUUGCCUACAGCUGAGAAUCUCUCCAACAGUUCAGAACUUGGGUCCUGGCUACAUGAUGAGGAUCUUGAUGUGAACACAGACAUCUACUCCAAGGUCAUGGUCACCAUCAUCUACCUGGUACUCUUCCUGCUGGGGACCAUUGGCAACUCCAUCACUGCUUACACCCUAGUGAGGAAGAAGUCCCUGCAGAAUCUCCAAAGCACCGUGCACUAUCACCUGGCCAGCUUGGCGUUCUCCGAUUUGCUCAUCUUCCUCCUCUGCAUGCCCAUCGAACUCUACAACUUCAUCUGGGUGCAUCACCCCUGGGCUUUUGGCAACAAUAUCUGCAAGAGCUAUUACUUUCUGAGGGAUGCUUGUACUUAUGCUACAGCUCUCAACAUCGCCAGCCUCAGCAUUGAAAGGUACAUGGCCAUCUGCCACCCUUUCAAAGCCAAGAGCAUCAUGUCCAGAAGCCGGACCAAAAAAUUCAUCAGCUGCAUUUGGGUCGCCUCCUUUUUGCUAGCCAUCCCAAUGAUCUUAAUCAUGGGAGAGAUCUACAAGAUACCCCAAGAUCCCACCUCACUGAUCUGUACCCAGAUUGUGGAAGAUUCCACCCUUAAGAUUGCCAUCCAGCCUUUCGUCUGUUUUGCGUGCUCGAAAAGAAAAUCAGAAGAGGAGCCGAAAGAGAGUUAGUAAAUAAUCUUGACUGAAAUCUGGAGCGCCUGUCAUGAAAAGUAAAUGGACUAUUUUACAACUGCGUAAAGAAACCCAGCCACCUGCACUUAUAUUGCUCUGCCUUGCUGCAGACCAGUUCUGUUCUAGGUGUCACGGGUAACAAAAGGAAGCUAUUUA